AUGCCUCAAAACGAGUAUAUUGAACAACAUAUCAAGCAACAUGGUCGUAGAUUAGACUACGAAGAGCGUAAGCGUAAAAGAGAGGCAAGAGAAGUCCACAAGAUAUCUGAAAAAGCCCAAAAACUAACUGGUUGGAAGGGUAAACAAUUUGCUAAGAAGAGAUAUGCCGAAAAGGUCGCAAUGAAGAAGAAAAUUAAGGCACACGAACAAUCGAAGGUUAAAGGAGGUUCUAAACCAUUGGAUGAGUCUGGAGAUGCAUUACCAACAUAUUUACUGGAUAGAGAACAAACUAAUACAGCAAAGGCAAUUUCAUCAUCUAUCAAACAGAAAAGAUUAGAAAAGGCAGACAAAUUCUCAGUACCAUUACCAAAAGUUCGUGGUAUUAGUGAAGAAGAAAUGUUUAAAGUGGUCAAAACCGGUAAAUCGAAGACUAAAUCCUGGAAAAGAAUGAUAACAAAGCAUACUUUUGUUGGUGAAGGAUUCACCAGAAGACCGGUAAAGAUGGAAAGAAUUAUAAGACCGUCUGCUCUCAGACAAAAAAAGGCAAACGUUACACAUCCGGAAUUAGGCGUAACUGUUUUCCUCCCAAUACUGGCAGUCAAGAAGAACCCUCAAAGUCCUAUGUACACGCAGUUAGGUGUUCUGACAAAGGGUACUGUCAUCGAAGUAAACGUAUCAGAACUUGGUAUGGUCACGUCAGGCGGUAAGGUUGUCUGGGGUAAGUACGCCCAAGUUACCAACGAGCCAGAUAGAGACGGGUGUGUCAAUGCCGUUUUACUUGUAUGA